AUGAGUGACGAUGAAUGUCCAGAGCUUAUUAGCGCCAAAGUGCCGGUGACAAUAUUAACAGGUUUUCUGGGUAGUGGAAAAACAACGCUGCUCCAUUAUGUACUUUCAGCCGAGCACAAUCUUCGCAUUGCGGUUAUUGUGAAUGAGUUUGAAUUUGGUAAAACAAUUGAAAAAGGAUUAACGCUUAAGAGUUCACAGAAACCUGAUGAUGAGUGGUUAGAGUUAAAUAACGGCUGUAUGUGUUGUACAGCCCAAACUCAAACCGUACAGGCAUUAGAGACGCUUAUGAUGAAAAAAGGAACUUUUGAUUUGGUGCUUGUGGAGACUUCCGGUCUGGCGGAUCCCGCUCCUGUGGCUGCGAUGUUCUGGCAGGAUGAGGCCGUCUGCGGUACUCUCUAUCUUUCUGGUAUUCUCACGCUGGUGGAUGCGAAGAAUAUCUGCAAAUACUUGCAGGAUCCGGAGGUCUCUGGAGAAGCCACUCGACAGAUCCUCAUGGCGGACCGUAUUGUGUUAAACAAGUGUGAUAUCGCAACAGAGGAGGAGCAGCGAGAGGCGCUUGCGGCGGUGCGAGAAAUUAAUCCAGUGGUGCAAGUCAUGCACUCAUCGUAUUCACGAUUGGAUAAUCUGCGGGAGAUUCUCUUUUUGAAUACAACGCGACAAGCACUGGAACUUGAGCAUCUCCACCGCGAUGGUCCUUCUACCAUCUCCGCCGUCUCAUUGGAGUUUUUUGAGCAUCCAAACUAUUUAGCUCUCCGCGAUCUCCGUGAUUUUGAUAUGCUCUGCAGAGAUCUCUUAUAUAAAGAGCAUCAUCCACCCUUUGAGGUGGUGCGCUGCAAGGCGGCAAUAUGGGUGAAAAAUGAUAGUAGUAGUGAUAAUAAUGAUAAAAAGAAGAAGGGAGAGUUUUCUCUCAUGCAGCUUCAAACGAUUGGAGAACUGUUCGAUGUGACACCGAUGGAGGGACAAAGUGUUCCGUUGGGGUGUUCACGAGCACUUAUACUUGGUAAGCGACUUGACAGUAACGUUCUAAGGAAUAUUUUCCUUCAGUACUUGCGGAAUGAUGCGGAUUAA